AUGGCUUCUACUGCGCCUACAGAUAUUCAGACCAAGUUGAAAUAUCUCCAAUGGCAAGCAAGCUACACCCAUGCUCGACCAUAUCGAAUUGCCCAGUUUGGCCGCAAAAGAAAGAGCGAUCAAAAACAGAAGACACACAAUUUAGUUUUCGCCGAGGGAGAUGAUAUCGAGAUCAUCAGAGAUGUUAGAGGAGCAGAGGGAAAGGGAGACCCCAGGUUCACCCUCGACGCGAAUGGUUUUGUUUAUCGAAAAUAUCCUCCACCAUUAUUCACAGAUCCAAAGGAAUUUGCUGCUCCGGACCAUAUCCAGAAUGCCUUCUUGCCACAAUGUGAAGAUAUGUUGAAAAAUGAGAUUGAAGGGGUCGACCGCGUUUUGAUCUUCGAUUGGAAAAUAAGGAAGAGGAAAAGUGCAAAGGAGCGGCGAAAGAAGAAUCCAGAUAUACUAAGCUUUGCGCGACAAGUGCAUAUAGAUACCAUACUCACCAAGGAUGAACUUGCUACCUCCUUUAUGGCGCGCGUUCGCAACCAUCUCCCCAAAGACGCCCACCACCUUCUCGACGGUCGAAUACAGAUGAUAAAGUAA